UUAUACGAUAUCACAGGCUUUAAAGCUCUUCAGGUAGUCGCUACACUUGUUGGCAUUAUCAACGACAGAGAGAAGUUUACAACAGGCAAGAACUUCUACUUGAUGAUGAAACACAAUGCAAAGGUAGAGGAGCUUUUCAGACUCAAUGCAAAGCCACAAACACACCAGCCUGGCAAUGGCAUUGUAUCGAUACGUCCGAGGAGAAGGGAAAGAUUUUUUCGGGGAAGUGGGACAACCUACAAGGGUCUCAGGAAGGUUUUGGGGGCCCAUUAUCAGGAUAGCAUCUCCUUUGCAAAGGAUAUCAGAAAAAUAUUUCUGAACAAUAAAGUGUCCGAUUGCGAUUUUCCUCAAGUCACCCUUGAAGCCUACAUGAUUUUGCUGUUUGAAAUAGCUCGACGAAUGGUAAAGUUAAAAGAACCAAGCGAAAAAAAGGAGCAGUUUGAUGUUCUCCCAAUUGGAAGCGCCAUCGCAGGGAUUGUGAAACUGCUCGAGUAUGGCAAAGAUGAAAUAUGCACGUUUGAGAACGUUUUUCCUUCUGAAGGUAGGUUUCAUUUCUUCUCUGGCGAACCUAAGACUAGGAAAAGAGCGAUUGGCGACAUAAAAACAGCCUUAAAGUAA